AUGAGAAUCUUCCAGGCAGGCCCUUUGGCCGCUGCACUCUCCAUUCUCUCCGGACUGGCUUCCGCUUCCGUUUUUCAGAACCAGACAUAUGACUACAUUGUCGUCGGCGGUGGCCCAGCCGGUAUCAUCAGCGCUGAAAAGUUCGCUCAGGCUGGCAAGAAGGUCCUCCUCCUUGAGCGUGGUGUCGGCCCUACUGUGGCUACCGGCGCAAACGAAACUCUCCCAUGGAACAACUCCUUGACCCCCAUCGACCUGCCGGGUCUUUCGGCAGACAUUGGUGCUCUUGACCUUUGGGAACAGUACAUGUGCACCGACACUGAAGGCAAUGCUGCCUGUGUUCUCGGUGGCGGUGUAACCGUUAACUACAUGGUCUUCGUCCACCCUCCUGCCCGCGAUUUCGAUGACAAGUGGCCUAAGGGCUGGAAGUGGAACGACGUCAAGCCCGCUUCCGAGCGUCUCUACAAGCGCAACCCCGGCACCCUCCUCCCCUCCGCCGAUGGCAAGCGUUACGAUCAGGUUCUAUAUAAUGUCCUGUCCAAGUUCCUUGGUGGCCUUGGCUGGAAGUCCGUCGACAUGAGUGCUCAGCCAGAUGAGAAGUACGAGGUAUACAGCUACCCCGCCUGGAACUUGAAGAACCAGAUGCGUGCUGGUCCUGUCCGCACUUAUCUCCCCGAGGCUGAGAAGCUCAAGAACUUCCAACUCGCCCUCCAGACCAAGGUUAUUCGCUUGGUCCGCUCCGGUGGACAUGUCACCGGCGUCGAAGUUCAGACUGCCUCAGGCGAUUCCGAGAUCAUCUCCGUUGCUCCCCAUGGUCGCGUGGUGCUGGCUGCCGGUGCUCUGUCUACUCCCCGUGUGCUUUGGAACUCUGGCAUUGGUCAUGCUGCCCAGAUUGAGACUGCUAGGAGAAACGGCAUUGUCGUUCCUCCUAAGAAGCAGUGGAUUGACCUCCCCGUUGGUGUUGGCCUCAAGGACCACCCCAUCUUCCCGAUUGCCUUCAGCGCCAAUGCCUCCUUCGGUCUGGUCGACUACGACGGUGUUCUGAAUGGCUCUGCUAUUCGUGACAUCUCCCUCUACAACAAACACAGCGGUGUCCUGACCCAAGGUAAGCACCGCAUGAUCUUCUUCACUUCCGAGGAGAUCGACGGACACACCCAGUACUUCCAGGGCUCAUGCGCCCCCACUGAUGAGGGUGUCGUCACCAUCACCUCUUACCUGACUCACGGUCUCACCUCAUCUGGUAUUCUGGGACUUGAUGCCAGCGGGAACACUGUCAUUGAGAAGUCGCCCUAUCUCCAGACCUCUUCUGACAAGAAGGCUGCCCACAUGUUUGUCUCCAAGAUGGUCCGCGAAAUCACCAACCCUUCCACUGGCUUCGAGCUUGUCACCAACACCAAUGUUUCUGCUAUCCUCAACGCCCUGAGCCCUGGUAACCACUACACCACCACUGCUAAGCUGGGUAACGAUGAUGGCCGCAAGGGUGGUUCCUCAGUUGUGGAUCUCAACACUAAGGUGUAUGGAACUGACAACCUGUUCGUCGUUGAUGGCAGUAUCCACCCCGACCUCCCCACUGGUAACAUUCAGACUACCAUCAUGGUUGUUGCUGAGGCUGCCGCUGCCAGAAUUCUGGCUUGCUAG